AUGGAGGUAAACAACAUGCGGAGCGUCAUCCUGGAUGUCGGUUCGAUGUACACCAAGGCCGGCUUUUCUGGUGAGAUCGCACCGCGGAAAGUCUUCCGAAGCUGCGUCGGGACACCUCGUCAUCCAGGGGCUUGUAUGAAAUUUUUCGACCCCCACCUGUCGAACUACGUCGCCGGCAAUGAGGCCUUUUCCAACCGCGGGCUUCUUAACUUAUGCUGGCCCGUGCGGUAUGGCGAUAUCAAAGACUUCGAGCACUACGAGUACCUCCUCUAUGACACCUUUUAUCGCAGUCUGGAGGUGGUCCCCGACGCGACCUCCCUGCUAAUGCUGCAGCCCCCCACCCAGACCCACAAAGAUCGCGAGCGCGUGGCCGAGAUCGUCUUCGAGACCUUCAAUAUCCCCCUUCUCGGCCUGCUGAACACCGCGACGGCGACGGUGUACAGCACCGGCCAAACCACCGGCAUCGCCGUGGACAGCGGCGCCGGGAAGACCUUCAUCGGGGCCGUCUGCGACGGCUACCCCCUCGCCCACCCCCAGCGAUUCUCCCCCGUCGCCGGGGACGUCCUGACCCGGGAGCUCUUCGACGCCCUCCGCCGCAAAGGCUACCCGCUCUCGACCGAGAAGGACUGGGCGAUGGUGGAGACCGCGAAGGAGACCCUCUGCCGGGUCUCCACCCCCCCGUCCUCGGACGGCCCCCCAAGAGGGGAUCUCAAGGGGACCCAGAGGGGAGGAGGAGGGCCACAGGGGCCGCCCUGUGACACAGCCCCCGAGGCCCGUCUCAGGCUCCCAGACAACGAGCACGUCUUUCUCUUCGAGCAGGCCCUGCUGCUGGGGGAGCGGCUCUUUGACACGGCCCUGGUGUCGCAACUGCCGGGGGAGGCGGAGGUGGGGAUCAACCCCAUGGGAGACCCCACGGGCUACGCCGUCUCCAACCCGGUCUGCGCGCGGCCCUUCAGCGGGUGGGCCGACGUCGUCCAGGACGUCCUCGCGGCCGCCCCGGAGGCCUAUCGGGACGGCCUGGCUAGGAAUGUCGUGCUGGGCGGGGGGACGACGAUGAUGCGGGAUGUGGAGGUUCGCCUUCAGAACGAGCUCACGCAGCGCGCGACGUCGGCGGUCAAGGUGAUCGCGUCUAACGAAAGAGCCCAGGCGGCGUGGUUGGGUGGCUCCGUCUGGGCCUGCUCGCCUUCUUUCCCAUCUCUUUGUCUGUCCAAGGCAAAUUACUUCGAGGGUGAAUCGAAUGUGGUGCAUCACUAUGCCUGUUAA